GAAUGUGCAGAAAAAUCAAUUAAAAAUGGAUUUAUAUUAAGAGAUCGUAAUUAUUUUCGUACGACUCAAAAUAUUAUAUCUAGUCUUUAUUUAUUGAUAAUUUCAACUAUUAAAAAUAAUUUUAUUAAACUUGACAGUAUUUUGAAAACAUUGAAUUUAUCAUAUAAAGACCACGGUAUAGUAGUACAAACUAUUUUUUAUUUUUUUAAAAAAGGAAACGUAAAAAAUAAGGAAAAAUUAAAUCCUUACAUAAAUAAACCUUAUAAAAAAAAUUCUUUAGAAACAAUUUAUAAUUUUUUAUUAGAGGAAGAAAAGGAUAUUCUACAUUACUAUGAUGAAGCAUCUAAAACUUUGAAUUUAGAUUUAAGUGACGAAAAUAAGGAAAGAAUGCUCUUCUAUAAUUUAAUAAAUAACAAAGAUACUGCAAAUAAUUUAUUCUCUCUUUACAAAACCCUUAUGAAAUUAAUCGGAGGUUUAUUUAUUAAGAGACAGUUAACCAUUAUUAUGAAUGUACGUAGAUCAUUAUUUAGUAUGAAUUCAUUGAGAAAAAGGAAAAAUAUUUCGGGUGCAAAAAUUUUAAAUAAAGAAUACCAAUUAUAUUUACUCUCUCAAAUAGAAAAAGAAAAGUGUAAAAUGGAAAAAAUUAAGCUUAAUAUAAGAAAUUUAUAUUUAUUAGUUACUACAAAAGAUGAUAUAAAACGUAUUCAAGUAUCAAGUUAUUUAAUAAAUAAAAUAAAUGGAAUUAUAUCAAUUUUACGUUUCAUUUGUAAAAUAACAUGUAAAGAUAAUGAUAAAACUGGUCUUAAUCAAAAAAAAGAAGCUCGUAUGGAAAAUAUUUUGCUCGCACUAUAUUAUGCAAAUCAAAGUCUUUCAAAGUUUACUUAA